GAAAGUAGCAUUCAAUCUAAUCAUAUUUAAUAAACUUACCUGUAAUGUUUUAAAAUAGACUCUACCUGUAUGAAUUAACGCAGCAACUUCAAAGGAUAUAUAGUCAGAAACUUUUUGCUCCAAAAGAAAUGUCUGCAGACGAAGAUAUAUGGCAGCCCUGUAUUCAUCAAAUUCAAGGCACUGGGAAAGAGCGGCGAAUAACUAUAAGUUUGAGUGAAACUUUACAAAAGUUAGAAGUUGAGAAAGUAGCCUUAAGUAUAAGUGGAUUUCGUUACUGCUCUGAUUUUUACAGAACAUUGUUAACCGUUGGGCUGAACAAAAUCAGUGGAACAUCACAGAAACAAGUUUUUAUAGCCAUUGAAAAGAUGCUAUUUGAAGCGUUAUCUUCUGAAACAAAUCUUAUUUGUGUGCGUAAACUGCUGAGGACUGCAUUGUCAUCCUUGGAAAAGGGAGAGAGGAAUAGAAUUGGUAGUAAACGGUUGUGGAACAAACAUAAGGAGACAGUUAGCAAUCUGUUAUGUCGAUUGGACAUGCACGAAAUAAAACCGAGAGAAGAAGAUGGUAAGCCAAUGUUUCUAGAUCUACCAAAGGAAUGCAUUUACAACAUUAUUUCCAAACUGUCAAAUCCUAAAGACAUACUUAACCUUGGACAAGCUUGUAGCUAUCUCAAUGUCAUAUGUCAAGAUUCGUUACUAUGGCAACAGUUAUGCUUCCUUCAUUUUUCGGAAAAACAAGUUGCUUCACUUAUUACCGACGACUUGGAUUACAGUGACACUGACUGGACACAUAUGUUUCAUUUAUGUAAAAGGCAAUUCAAAUUAACAUUUACGGAGGUAUAUGGAGACGAGGUUGUUCUGUGUGAUAACUGUAGGAAGUUAUAUUGGAGGAUACAAGGACAUCAAUGUUUCAAUCCAGAUAUGGCUCCAUCAAAGUCUUCAAUAACACCUGAACAAUUUGUCAAUAUGUUCAAACUAUGAUGUAUUUAAAUAGACACAUCUGGUUUUUACAUGAGUGAAUAUGGUUUUUUUACAACAAACUAUUCACAUGUAGUUAAAACAGACUAUCUGUAAUGUUGAAAUGGAAAGCAAUAAUUCUCCAUGAGAUCUGCACUUUGAUAGAGGAGUGAUAAUCAGUGCUU